AUGAACAAGAUCUUCCCCCAGGAAGAUGUCAAUGGCAACGUUGCUCCGGAAACCAAAGCUCUCCCUGGAGGGAAAGCGGGCUGCGGCCCACCCUGCUGCUCGCGCCACAGGGCCUGCCUCUCGGCCUUUGCUCUGCUCCUGCUGGCGACUCUGGCGGCCCUCGUCACCCUGGUGGCCAUCCUUGGACUCCCACCACGCGAGCCAGGGGCCCGAGCCUGUGUGACCCCGACGAACAGGACGGGCUUCCUAUGCCACGACCGGAGGACGUGCAUCCCAGCCAGCAGCGUGUGUGAUGGGGUCCGAGCCUGUGCCCACGGGGAUGACGAGGAUGAGAGCCUGUGCCGAGAUGUGCCCCGGAGCCUCCCCGCCUUCCUGGUGGCCCACUGUGGAGACCCUGCUUCCUGGAUUUACUCAGACCAAAGGUGUGACGGCACCAACAACUGUGGGGACUGCUCGGAUGAGCGAAGCCCAGUGACCGUGUGCCCUUCCUGUGGCCCCGGGUGGUGGCGCUGCACCCCGACUGUCUUCAAGUAUUGCGAUUGCAUCCCAAGGACGCUCUGCCGGGACCGUGUGCAGCACUGCUCCGACUGGUCCGACGAGUUCUCCUGCCCCGGUCCCUGA